AUGGCAGUCCAAACAGGCCUCGAUUAUAUGCGUUCGCGCACAGUGGUGGACUGCGACACAAUGGACGAAGAGGUCGCCAAAACAUUAGGUCCUUUCCAGGAUUCAACUUCCAACCAGGCUAUUGCUUUCGGGGAGUUGUCCAAACCAGCACGAGCCGAAUUGAUUGCUGCUUCCAUGGCUGAUGCCAAAGCUCUCCAUUCAAGAUAUUCUUCUAUCGGAAUGGAAGAAUUGGCUGUUGAGGUCGCGAUGGUGCGGAUGGCCCUUGGAAUGGCACAGCAUAUCCGCGGACGCGUCCAUGUGCAAACCAAUCCUUACUACUCAUACUCUACAGAAAAGACUGUUCUCAAUGCCCUUCGAAUCGUACAGCUGUUCCAGCAUGUGCAGCCCGGGUUCGAUGUAGCUCGUAUUUCCAUCAAAAUACCAAGCACAUGGGAAGGAAUGAUGGCCUGUCGAACUCUCGAGCUGGCCGGUGUGCGCACCCUGGCCACAACCCUGUUUACAAUGGCGCAGGCUGUACUUGCGGCAGAAGUCGGCUGCACCUAUAUUGCUCCCUACGUGAAUGAAUUGAAGGUCCACUUUGAUGCCGAGUUCGAGGAUAAGGCAAAGCUGCUACCAUUGUGUGCAGCCAUCCAGAAAUACUACCAGUCUAUCCAGUCGCCUACCAAAGUCCUUCCUGCGAGCUUGACCUCUGUUGAAGAGAUAUUCUUCCUUGCCGGUGUGGAUCAUCUCACUAUUGCGCCAGCACUGCUGGCCCAGUUGACCCAGCCUUAUGCUGGGAAUGUCCAGUCUUUGUUCGAUAUAGCGCCUACGCUCCCUAUCCCUGCCAAGGGUGUGUCCUUCAUCAAUGACUAUGGAAGCUUCCAGAUCACCUUUGCCCGAGACCAGGGUGGUGCUAGCCAGAGAAAGCUGACUGAGGUAUGA